UUAAUUUAACGAAUGAUCAGAUUUGGAUAUUAGACUUAUUAAAUUAUGAAAAUAUACUUGCGAUUACCUCUCGAAUGCCACUUAUCAUCUACCAAAUAUUGACAAUGCUUAUAAUAGUGAGACUUUCGGAACAAAUCAAGGAAAAGACAAAGGAAUUUAACUCUGUGCUAUUCAAACAAAUGGAGGAGAGGGAUCACCUAUGCAGAAAUAAAAAAUUACAGCUUUACGUCAUAAUGAAACAAACUAUAAAUUUCAGUGCAUGCGGAUUUUUCACUUUGAACUACUCCUUCGUAGCUUCUAUGAUCGCUGCGGCAACCACUUACCUGGUCAUUCUUGUACAAUUCAGCCUCCCUUCAAAGGACAACAAGGAAGAUGCUUCUAUUCCUGUAAAACAAUAA